GGGAUUCCCCUUCCCUGCCUUCAAUCAGGAAGAACCCAAGAAAAUUCAUCCCCCAAAUUCAACAUCAAAUUAUAGAAAAAGUAAUAUACAAGAAAGACUGAACAUUUGGGAUAACGUCGGGAUUCAUACAAGAAGGAAAGUCCAGAAUUGAUGGCCAUCCUAUAUAUGCUUAUAAUAAACUGCAACAUCAAGCCAAACACAACACUCCAGUACUUUUGAAAUCCUCCAACCAACCUUUGAAAAUAAACUCAAUUCACCCUUACUUUCCAUACUUAAACAUCUCAAUUACGUUGAUUUUGAUUAUCUAGUCAUCCUAAUCGACCUUCAAAUUAGGCUUUCUUGAUGGAUGCUCGCGUGGUGGAUAAGGUUUAUGUUGCUGUUGGCAGCGACUUGCGGGAUGGAUUCAAGACUUUGUAUUGGACGAUUGGAAAGUUCAAGUCUAGGCCUUUCUCCAUUGUCAUUCUUUAUCUAACCGAUGACAUUUCCAGGAAUUUUGUUUACACCCCACUUGGCUACAAGCUUCCUCCAACUUCUGUGAGUGAUGAGGUGCUCGAAGAUCGUCGGAAGUAUGAAGAAGGGAAGACUGAAGAGUUACUUUCCAAAUAUAAAGCUUUCUGUGGCAAGGUGAAAGCUGAAACACUGAAAAUUCGAAAAGAUGAUCAGCCUGUGCAGAAACUGGUGUUAGAUUUGAUCUCAGAACUCAAAAUAACCAAACUUGUCUUGGGAAUUAAUUGCCUGAAAUCCUCAUCCGGGAAAUCAAGAGGUGCCAUAAGUGGAUCAUUCUUUGUCCACCUGCGCAAACCUGAAUACUGUGAAUUGUUCAUAAUAUGUGGGGGUAAACUUGUAUUCCUGAAAGGAAAUAAUGAGGAAGGAGUUAUGGAGGACGAUCAAGGAGUUACACUUGCAAAAAUGAGAGACAACUUAAGAAGCAGGAUAACUAGAAUGUUCACCGAAAAGUAUUCUGCGGGAAGUGGCUCUGGCUUACCAAAUUCACCUGGAAACCUGGACUCCCCUAAUUCACAGAAUAACUGGGAACAACAUGUCCAUGAAAUAGAAAACUAUUUCCACCAAUUGAUGUCUUUAAACUUGGAUAUAGAAGAUCCUGAACUUCUGCAAACUAGUCCAAGGGAGGCGAUUAUGGCAGAACCUGAGCAUUCUAAUAUGAGUGAUGAAGAAAAAAUGGAAUCUUUGAGAAGUAAACUAAAUGUAGCUCAGGAGAUGAUCCAGCUGCAGAGAAAAGAGGCAAAAGCCAAUACUGAAAGAUACUCAAAAGCUGAAUGGGCUAUAUGUUUAUGCACCACCAGGGCUGAGAAACUUAAUGAUCAAAUUAAAGAAGAGAUGACAAAUCGGAUAGAAAUACAGAAAAGGUUAGAUGAUGAGAAAGAACAACUGUAUGAAGUCACAAGAGAUGUGGAAGAGAGCAGAAAAAGAUUGAGUUCACUAGUUGAACUCCAAUCUGAGCUCUCGAACAAGAUUCAAUUGUCAACAAUGGCAAAAGGGCACGCGGAGAAACAAUUGGAGAAAGCGGUGAUUGCAAGAGCGGAAAUGGUUAGAGAGAUUGAUGAGCUGCGACGACAGCGAGAUGUUCUUCAUCGAAGAAUUGAGUUUUGCAAAGAGAAAGAUGCCAUUGGAAUGGUUAUGAGGUCUAGUCAUGAACUGAUAGGCUGUGGUUAUAAAGAGUAUGCAGCUGAAGAGAUUAGAGUGGCCACUGAUGAUUUUUCUGAACGUUUGAGAUUGAAAUGUGGUGGAGAUUGGACAAAUGUGUAUAGAGGAAGAAUUGAUUUUUCAUCUGUUGCCAUCAAAAAGCUCAGCUCUGGAUUGUCUGUGGAAGAUUUCCAAGCUAAGGUGAAGCUUCUUACAAACAUCAGACAUCCUCAUUUGGUUGCCAUAAUGGGUUUCUGCUGGGACCUAAAAUGCAUAGUUUUCGAGUACAUGUACAAUGGCAAUUUAAGAGACAUUUUAUUUACCUCUAAAAGGAACUCUACAAAACAUGGAUGGCCCCUAGGGUGGGCUGACCGGAUCCGCAUCGCUCACGAAGUUUGUUUGGGCCUCAGCUUCCUCCACUCGGCAGAGCCCAGGCCCAUUGUCCAUGGUCACCUGACACCAUCAAACAUCCUCCUUGACCGCAAUCUUGUUGCAAAGAUUAAUGGAGUUGGGUUGGGAUGCUCUGAUCAAUGUGAUGAAAGAUCUGAUUUUUGGGCCUUUGGGGUGGUGUUGUUGAAUCUUUUAAUGGGGAGGAAUUGGGCCGGGCUUGUUGAAGAAGCAAUGACAUUGGAUCGGAUGGCCCUGGUCCAAGUUUUGGAUAAGAUGGCUGGAAACUGGCCUAAGGAUAUGGCAGAGGAAAUGGCUGGGAUAGCAAUGAGGUGUUUGUCAGUAAGCCAAGAGGCCUUUAAAGAUUUGAGGAUUACAGGUAUUAUGAAAGAGCUUGAUGAAUUGAGGAAAAAGGCUGAUGGUUUAGCAGCAAGAGUAGCUAGUAAGGUGGUGAUUGAUAAAUUUGCAAAUAAAGAAGAGGACUCAAUUGAUGUUCCCAGAGUUUUUCUCUGCCCCAUAUAUCAGGAAGUAAUGAAGAAUCCACAUGUAGCUGCAGAUGGAUUUUCUUACGAGUUAGAAGCAAUGGAGGAAUGGCUAGGAGUGGGGCAUGACACUUCUCCCAUGACAAAUCUGAGACUUGAAAACAAAUUUCUUACUCCUAAUCUUACCCUUCGUUUCCUCAUUCAAGAUUGGCAAAAUAAAAACUCUGAUGUUCCUUCUUAAACUUACACUAUUGCUUUGUAUGCUCUCUGUAAAUUCUUUGAUUAUUCAUAACAUCCCCGACUUUGCACGAAGCAUAGGCCGGAGUUUUGUUUAAAGAUGUAUGCAUAGAAGGAUACACUAAGGGCGUUUGCUUAGAAAUAAUCAAAAUAUUAUUAUGAUAA